AUGAGUGCUGUGCAGACAUUCUCGCCGCCCGAAAUCGUGCGUCGCUUCACUGAUGACCUCGAACCCACCUCGGAUCUAGCAAUCCAAACCAAAUCAUAUCAAGAGGAUUUAGAUGCUGAGAUUGAGAUCAAGGAGAGAUUGCGAUUGUCUUCUGUUAUCCACCAACCUGUCGAGAGCUCGUUUACGGGAGUCGAGAUUGCACGUAAGACUCUGCAAGCCCAGUGUGACGAGUUUUUCAGAUCAGUCGAGCAGAAGGAGCAAGCCGGGAGAAAGAAAUCUGGAGUCUGGCGAAUUUUUCAUUGCAAAGGCGCCGAGCGGCGACUGGUCCAGGAGAUUGGUGAUGGCAAGCAGGUGACAGUGGGUCAAGUCAACUCUAUCACCAGUAACCUAGAGGAUAAAUGGAAAGAGUCGAAUAGCAAGGCGGCAACAAACUUGAUGAAAAUCUGUCAAAAGCUUGACGCGCACAAGCAAAUAUUCCAAUGUUUCCCCAGUCAGUCCGACUACACAUCUGCUCUGUGUGGUGCCGUCACAAUGAUCAUACAGACUUCGAUCAAUUACGCAGAUAUUGCAGAGAAGCUUUCAACAUACGUGGCAGAUCUAUCCGAGAGUGUCUCCAUUUGUACCAACUGGCUUGACUUAUACGAGACCGCGGAUAUGAAAGAGCGGCUAUCGGCGAUAUACGAGCAAUUCUUUGGUUUCUUCAUCAAAGUGGCAUCCUGGUAUCUAAAGCCAAAAGGAUCAAAGAUACUUGAUUCCUUUAAUUCAAGCUUUACGACAAGCUACCAGGGAACGGUGACAAAGAUUGAGCGUUCUAUUCAACUUCUCGAGGACCAGGCUUCAAUUGAAACUGCACGAGAGAUCAAAACCUUUCUACCAGCAGUCACAGGAUCUGCGGGUAUGAUAAUGGCUGAGCUACGGCGCAAUGGAAAGGAGAACAACGAGGCUGGAAAGAAUAUGUACAAACUUCUGAUGUUGAUGUCGAGACGCCGUAUGCAACUACAUCCCCGCCCUCCCAUGGAGCAAAUCGAGCUUUCACAAAAUAAGAUUCAUCCCGGGACUACCGAAACGAUAACCACCGAAGUCCUGACGAUAGAAGCAACACAAAUUAUUAAGACUACUGCCGCCCCAGAAGGGGUCACAAGGGCCGAGGCCGAAGAGCUAUGCCAGCACCUCCAAGCACUUGUCGACCAAGUGGGUGGUAGUGAUGGGGUCCAGCCAGCGCUUCAGACAGGCCGACUUGUUGCCGAACCCAUGAUCAUCCGCAUGCUGGGUAGAUGGACAACAGCUACGUCUGGGGACGACCUCAUACUGUGGGUCAUUAGCCCUUACGAGCACGGUAUAUCAACCAGCGCAAAUCUUGCGGCAUAUGGAGUCAUCUGGUCUGCUAUCCAAGCCCAAGCCCAAUUCAUCUCUUACAUCUGCCAGAGACCGCGUUUUGGUAGGGUACCCGGAUUUCAGGGCAUGGAGGACAAAGCAGCUGUUCUGGCAAUGGUCUACAGUUUGAUUCGGCAGCUACUACAGUUCCAGACCCCGGAAGAUGAUCUCCUCCUCCAGAGGGAUAUGCUUGAUCAACUCACACAGCCAGGCGAGCGCUGGACCUCUGCUUUGGCGCUCUUCAAGUAUUUGUUGGAGCAGACACCUUCGUUGCGAUAUUUGAUCAUCUCUGGGGUUAAUGUCAUUGAGAGUGAUGCGCGGGAGAUGUGCAGGGAAUUCGUAGACAUGGUACUUCACUGUGCUAGGAAUUCAGAGUGGCCGCUCCGAGUUCUUUUCACCACAGCGGGUCAGUCAAGGGCGCUUUCGGAGACUGUGAGCAAAGACAGCAGGAUCAUGUCUAGCAAUACUUUCCGUCAGACAAAGGGCAGAGUGAUUUAUCGUGAUAUGAACAUGUCUGGCUAA